AUGAAGCACAUUCUUGUGUUGGCUUUGAUCGCAUUCACAUAUGCUACGACCUUGACAGAGAUGUCAGACAGACUCUCUCAAUAUGGAGAUCAUCCCUUUGGAAAGUCUAUGGUCAAUUUGGUUACAGUUAACAUGAAAACUGGUGGUUCCCUCAAUGAACUGAAAUAACUCCUACAACAAAUCAAGGACGAACUCAUCGCUCUCACUCAAUUGCAAGAUUCAGAAAAUGCCACUUUCACUCGCAGAAGUCAAGUUGAUUUGGCUAAAUUACAAGCCACCCUUGAAUAAGCAUAAGCUGAUUUAGACAAUCAAAGACAAGAGCAAUCAAGCUUGAGCAACGAAUUGGCUACCCUGUAAACCAGAGUUAAGGAGGGUAUACACAUCAUUUUUAUAUUUUGCAGAUCAAGCCGCUUUGGACAGAAACGGUAGAGGAAGUGGCGAUGCUCAAUCCAGACUUGAUGCUGAAAAUGCUGACUUUGCUACCAAGUACUCAGAUUACAAUGAUGCCAUCUUAGCAUGUAAGGAAGCACAAAGAUUACUAUUGAACUUAAGAGGUGAAGGAGCAUCUUUAAUUUAACUUACGUAUCUCCCUUCUUUAAAUACCAAUUUAGUUAAGAUACAAAGAGCAACCUCAUCUAAACCAAAGAGAACUUCUAAAAGAUCAAAGAAAUAUUGGAAGCUCACACCAAAAAGAGCUCCUUAACUUUAUUCCAACCAAUCAUUGAAGGACUCGCUGAAAUGACCACCAAAGUCAAUCCAGAAACCUUGAACAAUGUCCUUAGUUUGGUCGCUCGUCUGAUCACAGCUCUUCAAGAGGGUCAAGAUCAAUUGGAGUCAAAUCACAAAACUCAAGUAAAUCGAUGCAAUUCAUAUUGAAAAGGUUGAGAAUUUAACCAGAUUGGGUGAUGACUUGAGAAACGAAAAGUAAACCCUAUAAGUUUCAUUGGCCACUGCCAACAAUAGACUCAAGGAAAUCUAAUCAAGAUUGAACGAAUUAGACGGAUUGAUCAACAUUUCAAAUGCUUUAGUUGAGGUCACACAAUUAAACAUUCAAGAUGCCACCAAAAUCAACGAAUUGGAAGAUGCAGAAUACAGUAAUUAAAAAGUCAGCAGGUAUACUCUCUUAUCCUAUUUCCCUAUAGAUAAACUGAAAUCGAUAUAGUUGAUAGAUUAAUUGAAUACAUCAAUUAAAAAUUGGCAGAGUGAUUCGAUAC